AUGGUGUUGGUGUCGGUCGUUUCGUUUUCCGAAAUGGUCGACGGCGUCCUCACGCAAACACGACUCGUUCGCCCGCCCGGCUGCCCUGACCGGGUCUCUUUCGUCUGGCCAAACGACCGACUGGCCGACGGCAAGAGCCAUGAUCUUUUGAUCUUGUGCCGGCAAUCGGAUCAGUCUGCCGAUCGUACUGAUUGCAUCUUUGCAUAA